CAUAUCUAAUAACAGUCGACUUUACUGAUAACAAACGGAUACAGGAUGUGUGAGUAAAAUCAUACUCUGCAGAUUUGUGUAAUUAGCAUUUAAGGGACAUCUUUAUUACACGUGACUUUUGUAGCCCUGGUCGUAGCAUGUUCUUUGGCUCUGCUGCCUGAUAAUGCGUUUGCAAACAUAUGUGUGAGAUUAUGUAGAAGAGAUAUUUCACGUUGUUGUCCUCAGGUAAGCUAGUUAUGCACUUCUUGUACCUAGCAGGCGUUUGUUUCAGCCUAGCUUUUGGGAAAGGAUGACCCUGAAAUGGAGUAUAAUAACAUUGCAAAGUGAAAUUCUUAAGGGAUUAAACUGUAAAAUAUAAUGUUAACAGAUAAAGUGUGGUCUCCCAUGGAAAGCAUCAUUAAUCAUUAGGCUCGUAUGCAUUUCAUCAGACUCGUGGAAGGCACGAACGCUUCUGGGGCUGGUCCUCGUCACGACGGCGACACAGGAGGGUCUUGGCGAACAUCGCAGCUGUGAAUACGGAAGAAGACAAACGGCAAGGAAUAUUGUAGAUAUUGCUACAAGAGCCUCAUACCGUAUAGAGAGCUUCAAAGAUGACUUCGUACAAAGUAUCCUAGGCAUGGACUGGAAUACAGCCAACCACUACCUACCCCCUGGCCAUGUCGAAGAUGAAUGUCUCCCUCCUCCGCCACCUUCUCCGGGCACGUACUCCGUUCAGGCCUUCACAGACGAGCUUGUGCGCACGUACUCCAUGAUGCAGAACUACAGCACGGCUCUCCACCACCUCACGCUCGACCGAGUGCUUAAUAUAAUCCAGACCACAAACUACAAUGAGGAUGUGAGUGAUGUCUCUGACUACCUGGACCUUCUCAUGAACCAUCUGAGACAAGGCAUCACCUGCCGCAACAGAAGUCCCGACAAUCAAGAGACAGAGAGAAUCAUGAAGAGAAUAUACAUCGAUAUCGGCCCGGACAGGCACUCGAGGGACUUUGCCAUCCUCAGGGACACCCUCGAUGCGCUCGGGCACUGUAUCGAAGUGUUCGAGACUUUCUCGUAAAAUCUUCAGAAUUUUCUUUGUAAAUCGCAUUUUUUCUAAUGCGAACUGAAUGUUAAUCAAUUACUUUAGCUAUUUAUUGUAUUUAAGGUGCCAUUCGCCCGGUACAACAGCAGAGUGGUGUUGGUAAUGUAUUGUAUUUAUGGUU